UAGAAGGAGAUCAUCCACCGGCAGCAUGAAGCGCUGGUUGCGGGCUGGUGCGACCUUGUUAGUCGGAGCCGGACUCGGGGCUUCAGUGACCCACCUCCUUAGUGUCAGAGGCGGGGAGGAAGAGCCGGACGGUGCCGGUUUACUCAGUAUAAUACCAGUGCUCCCGGUACCGAAGGUCCAGGCCUCCGAGCUGACGGUGAGUCCAGUUGGACCAGGAGUUGUGAUGAAGUAUGGCUUCCCCUCUUUGGCUAACGUUAAGACCAGAGAGUCCUACGUCACCUCAUACGACCCCCGAACACGCACUGCAUCUUGGGUAAUAGAAAGGCUAAACCCUGCCACUCUGAGCGGCUCGUCAGACAGGAAAUACUGCGAAUUCAAAGAGGACGACAGUGUGCACGUAUGUCACAGAGCAACUAAUGCUGACUACAAGGGAAGCGGCUUCGACAGAGGUCACCUGGCUGCUGCAGCCAAUCACAAGUGGAGUCAGAAAGCCAUGGAGGAGACCUUCUACCUGAGCAAUGUGGCACCACAGAACCCUCACCUGAACCAGAAGACCUGGAACAACUUGGAGAAAAUGUGUCGCUCUCUAACAAAGCAUUACCUUAAUGUCUACGUCUGCACUGGACCUCUCUACCUGCCCAGGCCGGAGGCUGAUGGGAAACUCUAUGUUCGAUAUCAAGUUUUGGGACAAAACCACGUUGCUGUGCCGACGCACUUCUUCAAAGUGUUGAUCCUGGAGCAGGCGAAUGGCAGGGGGGUGGAGCUUCGGUCUUAUGUUUUACCAAAUGAACCAGUAGAUGAGAAGAUUCCUCUGGAGCGUUUUCUGGUGCCCAUAGAAACCAUCGAGAGGGCAUCUGGACUUCUGUUUGUCCCAAACAUUAUGAAGCGGACCAGCAACUUGCAGGCCAUCGCUAGCAGAUGAACUGCACUACCCACAAUGCAUUAUUGCAUCACAAACUUUGUGUUUUAACUUCACUUCUCCAGCAGGAUGCUUUAAAUCCAAAGAGUGCAGUACUGCCAUUGUCACUAAAAAAAUAAAUACAUGUUUAGACAUUUAGAUCUAUAGGAUGGACUACACUUCCUACAAUCCUUUUUUGUGGUAGUCUGAGAAGCCAGCAUGACAUUAGGUGAAGAAAUAAAAAUAAUACUGCAUAAUGAAAUAAAUUAGAUACUGAAAUUAU